AUGAACAGGAAAACUAUUCUGCAACUGUUAAGCCUUGCUGCUCUUUUGGCCAGUGCCAAUAGUGUAUGUCGCACAGGCUGGAGGGAGUAUGAGAGUAAAUGUUACUUCUUUUCCACUGAUACAAAGUCAUGGGCAGAGGCUAAUAAUAUCUGUCAGCGGCAGCACUCCCACCUCGUGAGCAUUCAGGACAUCCAUGAAAGGCUUUGGCUAAGGACACAACUGGCCUCUGAGAUCUACUGGAUCGGCCUAACUGAUCAGAUCACAGAAGGUGUGUGGGAGUGGACUGAUGGCACUACUUUUAUUCAAUACCUAUCAUACUGGAUGCAGGGCCAGCCUGACAACUGGAAUGACAAUGAGAAUUGUGGCCAAGUUGUGGGAUAUAGUAACGGGCAGUGGAAUGAUGAGAACUGUGAUGUCAAGAGGAAAUAUAUUUGUAAAUAUAUUGAAGAAAACCCUAUCCCACGGUGUGACCUGGCCAGUGGGUGGUUCUCAUAUGGCUCUUACUGCUACAAGCUAAAAGCUGACACAAGAAAGAGCUGGGCAGAGGCCAGACAUGACUGUUUGGAGGAUGGGUCUGAUCUGGUGUCCAUUAUGUCUUCAGAGGAAGAGCAGUAUAUAGUGGGAAAACUGGACUCCUCCUAUACUGAUCUCUGGAUCGGACUGUCUACCCUGAAGUGCAACAAGAUCUCAUGUCAAGUUGAAGCAGGAAACACACAGUUUGCCUGGUCUGAUGCUCAAGCACUGUCAUUUCAAAAUUGGGGUGAGAACGAACCUUCUCCAGAUCCUCAAGUAGGUUCAUGUGCGGCCAUCAUCAAAGAUCCAUCAGAGCAAUAUGGGAAAUGGAGGUCACAUUUAUGUCGGUAUGAGCGUCCGUACAUGUGCAAACGACCCCUGAAUACACUCUGUCCUUCCGGCUGGCUGAGUUUCAAUGGAAGCUGUUACUGGUUGGUCAGUAACAUCAACCUUCUGACAACCUGGCAUGAUGCAUUCACAAAAUGCUCUGACAUGGGGUCCCACUUGCUUAUUAUAAACAGCCAAGAGGAACAGUACUUUAUCAAUGGAAAACUCCCAGACUUCCACCAUGUGGACAUUCCAGACAUUUGGAUUGGUCUAUCAGACAUGUAUCAAGAUGGAGAAUUUAAAUGGGUGGAUAAAAAUGCUUUUGACUUCUCAAACUUUGCUCCUGGUUUCCCUAAAAACACUGAACACUUUUGGGACUGUGGCCAAAUAUACACAGGGAACUACGACGGCAAAUGGGAAACAACUAACUGCUUCAAAAGCCUGGGCUACAUUUGUGAGAUGACUGGUGGCCAGAACCCCAAACCACCAUCACCUCCUGAUUCACACUGUGAUGCUGGGUAUCUGUUGUAUGGGAACUUCUGCUAUCAGUUUGAGACAGAGGAAGUGAAGAACUGGCAUGACGCUGAAGCUCAUUGUGCCAAGGAGCAGGCCCAUCUGGUCAGCAUCCACUCAGAGGAGGAGCUAAGUUUUAUAACAGCUCAUAUGCCAGGAGAAGCCUGGACUGGCCUCAAUGACAUCAAUAUUGAAAACCACUUUGUUUACACUGAUGGAACUCCAUCUGAUUUUCUCCCUUGGGGCCCAAAUCAACCAGACAACUGGCAGAAUAAUGAGGACUGUGUGAACAUUAGAGGAAUGAAUGACAAUGAGCCUGGGAUGCUCAACGAUGACUUCUGUACAGCCACUAAAGAGUUUAUCUGCAAAAAAGCAAAAGGACAAGGACCACCUCCACAGCCUCCAACGACUGGACCAGGAUGGAAUGAGAAGUGUGGCUCUUGGAUGCCCAGCCCUCUUAAUGACUUCUGCUACUUGUUUAAUUUCCUAUCUAUGAGGAAAUGGACAGAUGCUCGAGCUGACUGUUUAAACCAGGGAGCAGACCUCAUCAGUAUCACAGAUCCUGUAGAACAGAGCUUUACACAGGGUAUUGUCCAGCAAAGUCCAACUGGGAUUUCCCUGUGGAUGGGCGGUCAUGACUCUAUCACUGAAGGGGGCUGGGAGUGGACUGACGGCUCACCAUUCAAUUACAUUCGGUGGAAUACAGGCAACCCAGAUGACUAUUAUGGAGAGGACUGCUUGUCUAUUCUUAUAAACAAUGGCUACUGGAAUGACGAUAACUGUGACAACAAAAGAGGAUACAUAUGCAAGAAGACAGGAAGAAUAUCUCCUCCACCCCAUGAUGGUUUUAUAACAUCUGUCGUUUGCCAAGAUUUCCCUGCUGUUCUACACUGUCCUUUUGAGAGUGUUAUUAACAUCCAGUCAGCCUUUUUUGGACGAAAGAGCAGUGAUAUUUGUCCUCAUCUGGGUUCUUCUGAUGGCACUUGCACUGUGGAGGGCGUGCUACCUACCUAUAGGAAGUAUUGUGACAACCGCCAGUUCUGCUUUGCACAGGCCCAUGUCACUGAUGAUCCCUGUCCCACAGUUUCCAAAUAUCUGGAAAUCACAUACAGCUGUGAACAGAAAGUGUGCCUACAUGGCCUUGGUGUUGAAGAUGGCAAUAUUACAAAUGCCCAGCUUUCAGCAUCCACCUCUCUGGGUUUGAAUACUCCUGAUAAAGCUCGCUUGAAUGGAAACUCUUGUUGGAUGCCUUCAGGAGUUCCAUCUUCAAGUUGGAUUCAAGUUAAUCUGGGGCAGACAAAAAAAGUGACUGGGAUUGUAAUUCAGGGUUGCCCCCAAAAUGACUACUGGGUCACCAAGUUUAAAGUACAGCACAGUGUGGAUGAAGUGAUCUGGAAAGACUACACUGCAGAUGGAGAGUUCUUCCCAGGCUCUACAGACAGAAAUACGCCUGACACUCAGCUUCUGGGGUCUCCAGUGUCAGCACAAUACAUUCGCAUCUGGCCACUUGAAUAUAGCGGGAAAGCAGGCCUUCGCUUUGAUGUCUUAGGAUGCACACCUGAUUAUGCAAUUACCUGUGCCAGCAAGCCCAACUUUAAUUCUGCCAGUGAAAAAAUUACCGUGCAUUGUCCUGCUGCCUGUGCAAAGGCUGACUACCAGGUUUAUGGUACUUCAGUAUAUCGUGGCGACUCAAAUAUCUGUGCAGCAGCCAUACACGCUGGAGUGAUAGUUGAUGACAUUGGGGGAGACUGCACUUUACUGAAAGCUCCAGGACAAAGUUUUUACCCAGGUUCAACCAAAAAUGGCAUUACCUCUCGACAAUAUAAUGGCAACUAUGCAGUCUCUUACAUGUUUGCUGACGGAGAUGUAAGGUGUCCAGGAAUAGAUUGGUAUGAAUUUGGAGAUUUUUGCUACAAACCUUAUGCAGACAAAAAGACCUGGCAUGCAGCUCAGGACAGCUGCCGGAAAGUGGGGGCUGAACUUGUAUCCAUCCUCUCAAUGACGGAGCAGAGUUGGUUGGAAAGCUACCUCUAUCUGGAGACCAGCAAUGUGUGGACAGGGCUGAAUGACCUCCAUUAUUCUGGUUACUUCACCUGGUCUGACAAACAUUUAGUCACUUUUACCUACUGGGCUCCAGGGGAACCAAAUAACCAUGAAGGCUUUAGUGAUGACUGUGUUGAAAUUUUACAGACUACUGGUCGAUGGAAUGAUGUUUCUUGCAUGGAGCUUAAUACUUACAUUUGCAAAAUGCCCAAAGCACAUUACCCUGCGCCGUCGGCCCAACCCACAGUAUACGGAUGUCCUCAGGGCUGGAAUGCAUAUGGUUACUCCUGCUACUGGAUGGAGGAAACAGCUAGAAGCUGGACAGAUGCUAAAGCAUUUUGUAAAGAUCAGGACAGCUACUUGGUGCAUGUUGGAGACAUUUACGAGCAGUCCCACUUCACUGUAAUGCUCUCAGGUAAGAAUGGCUUCUGGUGGAUUGGUCUUCGAGCACGAGGUGGAGUUACAGGUGGAGUGGAUUACAUUUGGGACAAUGGAGCACCCCUCACUUUUACCCACUGGGACAGAAACCAACCAGAUAAUGGAGAUGGUACUUGUGUGGCCAUGACAUCGGGUCAGAUUGGUGGCUUUUGGGAUGAUAAACAGUGCUCAGAAACAUUUGCUUUUAUUUGUGAGAAAGCACGACCUGAUAUCUCUCCACCCACCAAGGCCCCAACACCUCCACCUUCUCAGGGCUGUGCAGACGGCUGGACUGCUCUGCCCCACUUUAGAAACUGUUACAAGUUGUUCCAUAAUGUUGAAUGGUCCCAAAAGAAGAGCUGGGAAGCAGCAUAUGAAGACUGUGUUUCAAGAGGAGCGAAUUUAGUCAGCAUCCACAAUCAGGAAGAGGAGGAGUUUCUAUCUACGUACAGCAAAGGCACCAGCAAGUGGAUAGGUCUCAAGAGCAACCCCACAGAAGGAGGCUACUCUUGGAGUGAUGGCUCUCCUCUGUCCCACACUAACUGGGGUCAUGGAGAGCCUAAUAACCACGAGGGCCGGGAGGACUGUGUGGAGAUGGUGAGCAGCACCAAUGGGACCUAUUCCUGGUGGAAUGACCUGAACUGCGAUGCCCACCAGGACUGGAUCUGCAUGAUUGCUAAAGGAAAGACGCCCAUUUUACCACCAGCACCUCCUUCUCCAGUACCAGCCCCUGAGUGUGGCACAAACCCUGGAUGGAGGAAGAACAACAACAUUUGUUACUACUACAAUGAUACUGAUGUAGUGGACUUCCACACUGCUAUGCUACGCUGCUAUGCUGAGAAGGCACUUUUGGUUUCAAUACUUAGCAAGGAUGAACAGGCUUAUGUGAACACUAUGGUUGGUACGGGAAAUGUUGCUGCAGCUUGGAUUGGAAUGAGAAUGUUUGGUAUUACAAAUGGACAGUAUAUGUGGGUGGACUUUUCCCCAAUGACAUAUACCCACUGGUCUCCUGGAGAACCAAACAAUGCAAAUGGGGAAGAACAAUGUGUUCAAAUGAACAGGCACCAGGGUGGGUGGAAUGAUGUCAAUUGCGGUCGAAUGGGAGGGUACGUCUGUAAGAAGUUCCCUGGAAGUCAUCACACUCCUCCCCCACCGACACAGCCCUGGGAAGGCAAUUGUCCAGCAGGUUGGCUACGCUUCAACAACAAGUGCUUUUUAUUCAAAGGCAAAAAGAAUGACAUUCAAGCCAAUUGGUCCUAUGCACGAAGUUGGUGCAAAGAGCAAGGAGGAGAGCUGGCAGUGAUCGACAGUCAAUAUGAGAAUGACUUUGUAUCUAGUUACCUGAGGGAUUUGCAGCACCCCACAUGGAUUGGCCUGUCCGAUCUUCUGGUAGAAAAUCAGUAUGCCUGGAGUGAUGGGGUUAGCCCUGUUCUGUACACAAACUGGAAUGAAAAAGAGCCCAAUAAUGCAGGAGGAGCGGAGCACUGUGUAGCAAUGACUCAUAACCAUCUAGUUACUGGAAGGUGGAAUGAUGAUGCCUGUCACAAGGAUCAGAGUUUUGUCUGUUCCAGAAAGAAAUCAAGCAGCAUCGACCCUCCUCCCCCAACACCGAGCCCAUGUCCAGCUGGGUACAUCUCUUGGUACCUAAAUUGCUACAAACUGGUGGAAGAAGCAGCCACCUGGGAUGCAGCUCAGACAGCAUGUGCACAGGCAGGGGGGAACCUGGCCAGCAUCGACAUGAGCUAUGACCAGGCCUUUGUGGCUGGGGUCGUGCUGCAGGGAAAAGCUGACGCCUGGAUUGGACUCAAACGCAAGGGAAACAAUUCAUAUGCAUGGACAGAUGGAUGGCCAGUUUUCUUCACACAGUGGGGGCCAGGUGAACCCAGUAACUUAGAGGGCGAGGGUUGUGUGAGCAUGCAUGCUUCACGGUUCUUUCAUGGAACGUGGAAUGACACUAACUGUAAUGAUGCCAAGCCUUACAUCUGCAAGAUUUCUAAAGAGACUCCCCCUCCUACUCCUCCUCCUGCUAGUGGAAGUUGUUUGUAUGGAUUUGUGCCAUAUGGGCGCUAUUGUUACUUCGUUUACAACCGUCCAAUGGGUUUUUCCUGGCCAGACUCAAGAUAUUACUGCCAGAAAGGCCAGUCAGAGUUGGUAUCGCUCCACAGCCGAGCAGAUGUUGAGUUUUUAAGGAACCUUGGUGACCAAAAAGUGCACAAUAUCUGGAUUGGCCUCACAAGAGACCAAAACUUUGGCUGGGCCUGGACUGAUCUGACAUCUGUGGGAUUCCUCAACUGGGCUCAGGGCGAACCCAAUAAUGUGUUUCACCCCGGGAAUGAGGAAGAGAAAUGUGUGGAAAUGUAUCCUGAUGGGCACUGGAAUGACAACAACUGCCUAGCAAAGAGAGGAUUUGCUUGCCGCCACCACCAAUUACAUGCAACAGAUGGAAAUAUUCAUCCUACUGGCACCCCUGGUGGCAACAAUGGUGGGGUUAUCGCUGGUGCAGUAAUUGGAGCCAUUAUAUUUGCCUGCCUGAUUGGGGGACUUCUGUAUUAUUCCAUUAAUAUUCGGGGAUAUAAAUUGAGCAAUUUUAGCCUUCCAACAAGAAAUACUGAAAACGUGGAUGUGCCUGCAUUUGACAACCCCAACUUUGCAGGAGAGUCGGAUACUUAGAUCUACACUUCGACACAUAUAUUUUAGGAUAAAUAUGGG